GUAGGUUUAUGGCAAUAUUGAGAAUUACAAAUCAAGAUUUUGAUUUUGAUGAUUUGAUUCGUGUUGAAAUGUUUUCAUCGUUUAAAUGUAUAACAAUGGACGAUAAAAUUUAUAUGUCUACUAGAAAAUCAUUUUUGUUUGCAUGGAUUUUAAGUUGAUCUACAACUUGGUUGCUUAAGAAGUUACAACCACUACAAGGAGAACUAUCAAAUAAGUAGAACUGAAUGGAUUAGUUGUAAUUCCUAUAUCAUAUUAAUCUAAUAUCAAGAACUAAAAGCGUAGAAUUUGAUGAAUAUUGUCUAAUACUCUAUUUAUAACAAAGUGUGUUGGAUACAAGAUUGAGUUUUUAAAAAAUAACCCAAAUUUUUAGCAAGAAAAACAAACCCUUUAUAUUUCGUUUAUCUCAAUGAGGUUUUUGUUUUUUCUUAUAAUUAUGUCUCUGUUAUGCUAUGUUAUUCGGAGGUGAAAGAGAGGAAGGAAAUUAAUGGUGGCGGAGGAAGAAUUAUCCAUCUGACAACGAAAAAAAAAAAUCAGGAAAAGAAAAACGAGGGAAGAAUAUCAAUGUCAGCAGGCAAAAAGAAAGUCUGGUCCGAUACUACCCCACUCCUCCACCGCCGAAACUCUCCUCCUCCGCCUUCCUACCAUUCUUCUUCCUCUUUCCCUUUCACCGUCGAGAUGACUUCCUCCUCCUCCCCCCGCCGCGUCGGCUCCCUCUUCCUCGGUAUCGACGUCGGAACCUCCAGCGCCCGCGCCGGAGUGUUUGACGAUAAGGGGAAGCUCCUUGGGACAUCGAGCAGCCCGAUACAGAUUUGGAAAGAAGGCGACAUCGUUGAGCAAUCGUCGACGGACAUAUGGCAUGCUGUCUGUGCUUCUGUGAAGUCGGCUUGCUCCCUUGCUAAUGUUGCUGGCCAUGAAGUGACCGGGAUUGGAUUUGCUGCUACAUGUUCCCUUGUUGCCGUUGAUUCUGAUGGUGCACCUGUUACUGUUUCGUGGAGUGGCGAUUCAAGGAGGAAUGUGAUUGUGUGGAUGGACCACAGGGCUGUUAAGCAAGCUGAAAAGAUCAAUUCUUUUAACUCGCCCGUGUUGCAAUACUGUGGUGGAGCUGUUUCUCCUGAAAUGCAGCCACCAAAGCUGCUAUGGGUAAAGGAAAACUUGCCAGAGUCAUGGUCAAUGGUGUUCAGGUGGAUGGACUUGAGUGAUUGGUUGUCAUACAGAGCCACUGGAGAUGAUACUAGAAGUCUGUGCACAACGGUCUGCAAAUGGACAUAUCUUGGUCAUGCACACAUGCAGCAGAUGAAGGAGAAGAAUUUGCGAGACAUGGAAGCAUGUGGAUGGGAUGAUGAUUUCUGGGAAGAGAUUGGCUUGGGUGACCUUUUGGAGGGUCAUCAUGCUAAGAUAGGCCGCAGUGUUGCUCUUCCAGGUCAUUCUUUGGGUUCUGGUCUUACCACUGCAGCUGCGCAGGAAAUGGGUCUUAGAGCAGGAAUUCCAGUUGGAACUUCAUUGAUUGAUGCUCAUGCUGGAGGCGUAGGGAUCAUGGAAAGUGUUCCCGAGUCAGAUUCUGAAGCUAAAGAGUCGGAAAAGGAAGCUGUUAGCAGUCGCAUGGCAUUAGUCUGUGGUACUUCUACCUGUCAUAUGGCCGUAUCGGAAAGCAAACUGUUCAUUCCUGGAGUUUGGGGCCCAUUUUGGUCAGCAAUGCUGCCUGAGUAUUGGCUUACAGAAGGUGGACAGAGUGCUACUGGUGCAUUAUUGGAUUACAUAAUUGAAAACCACAUGGCUUCUCCUCCUCUUGCAGAGCGAGCUGCAUCUCAAAAAACUUCUAUCUUUGCAUUGUUAAACAGUAUUUUGAAGACAAUGAUGCAGGAGCGGAAGUCUCCAUUUGUUGCUGCUUUGACUGAAAACACACAUGUUCUCCCGGACUUUCACGGAAAUAGAUCUCCUAUUGCAGACCCUAAAUCGAAGGGUAUUAUAUGCGGCUUGACUCUUGACACAAGUGAGGGACAGUUAGCUCUGUUGUACCUUGCCACUAUACAGGGAGUUGCUUAUGGUACUAGGCAUAUUGUGGAGCACUGCAAUGCUCAUGGCCACAAAAUCAACACAUUGCUUGCUUGUGGUGGUCUCUCCAAGAACCCUCUGUACGUCCAAGAACAUGCAGAUAUUAUGGGUUGUCCGGUUAUACUGCCUCGUGAAAGUGAGUCUGUACUCUUAGGAGCAGCAAUACUUGGUGCAGUUGCUGCGAAGAAAUAUCCCACUCUUAUGGAAGCCAUGAAGGCACUGAAUGCCGCUGGUCAGGUUGUCCGUCCAUCUCAAGACCCGAAGGUGAAGAAGUAUCAUGAUGCCAAGUACAAAAUUUUCCGGGAGCUUUACGAGCAGCAGCUAUCUCAACGUUCAGCCAUGGCUAAAGCCUUGGAUUAGAGUCUUGGGAUGUGCCCCAAAUCCACUUCUGCUGGUGUACAGUUCAAGUAAUUUUUUUUGUCUACAUUUUUUGCUCUGCUUUUACACACGAGGGGAGCUUGUUCACAGCUAUAGUUUUUGAAGGAUUAUUUGUAAAGCUUCAAACUUUGACCCUCUGAACAAAUUAUGGGUGGGAAUAAAGUCAAACAAUUGAACAAUCUAAACGAGCUACUUGCAAAUAUUUGUCAUGCUUGGUGUUUCUUCACCGUAACAGAUGAUCUUUCUUCAAUUGUAAUGUAACUAGUAAAUCUAUGGAUGGGCAAUUCAGUCUAAUACGAACCAUGACAGGAACCCCUUGAGAAUGAAAGAAAAAGAUGAAC